CGCCCCUUGGCCCACCGCCUGGAGCCCUGGACUCGUCUCGCCCGCGGCCGAUCUCCUCCAUCGGCUCGCCGCGCCGCAACCCGGGAGGAGAUUGCGCUCGGUCGAGCACCACCUGGGGUCCAGCAUCCUCGCGACCAUCUCCGGUACGGCGUCCGCCCUCUGCAGCCCUGGUGUCCCUGCGACCGUCGCUGCUGUCCUAAUUCAUAGGUUGCCCCCAAAUGGAGACUUCCAAAGAACAGGCUUCCAAGGACUAUGCUGAUUUCGAGGAGAAAGUUAAGAGGACGAUAUAUAUUGACCAGCUUUCUCCUCAAGUAAAGGAAUCAGCCAUCAAAGCUGCUCUUGCACAGUGUGCAAAUGUUGUCAGUGUGGAGUUCAUUGUCAACUACACAAUCCCAUAUGAAAUCCCUUGUGCUGCAUUGGUGGAAUUGAAUGAUGAUGUGCAGGCUAAGGCCGCUGUAGACUUGAUGAAGGAUUUCCCAUUCAUAAUUGGUGGAAUGCCAAGGCCUGUAAAAGCUACCCAUGCCAAGGCUGAGAUGUUUCACGAUCGCCCUCCUUGCCCUGGCCUUAAAAAAGAUUUCUGCUGGGUAAAACAAGGAGAUAAGGACUAUGAAGCGAUGCAGAAAUUGAAAAACCUUGCAAAGAGGCAGGAAUCUGAGAACAUGGCUCUCAUAAAGAAACUGUUGGAAGAGGAGAAGGAACUAGCGAAUCGGCAACAGGAGUUACUCGAUGGAAACUGCAAGAAGUACGACAUGCUGGAGACUCUGGUGCAAAACGGGACCAUGAAGAACCUUGCUCAACGCUAUGGAAUUAACUUGGACGACUAAUGAGUCAUUAUUUUACAUUUUCCUUAACUGGUGUGAUGAUGGAAUGGUACAUCGAUAAACCACAUCAUCAUGCGUUAGUUCUGGUCUGGUAGCUGGACCCCCUCUGGUGUAAAGACUGUCCCAACUUAGUUAGCAGGUGUUGCGUUAGAAGCAGAUAGCGGGAGGCAGCCGUAGUGUAACCAUUUUGUUUCUAUGGCCAGUGACAUGGCAGAGGAGUAUCAGCUGCUGUCUCGUGUGUACAUAUUGCCAUCUUUAUUUUGUCCAGGCUCCGAUCUUCGAAAGCAAGAUUUUCUUGUGUCAA